UACCAUGAAGCUGAAAGCUGCUAAAGUCAUACUAAUUUCCGUAUUUUUUUUACCCCUUAGCUUUUCCUAUGGUGACAAAAUGUCUGUGGGGAAAAAGCACCAUCAUUAGCUGGUAAAUUCUUGCAUGUAUUGACUUAUUCUUUGUUUUUAGCUUCAAAUUCUGAAGUCCAGUGAUUCAUUGCUGAUUAUGUGAAUUGCACACACUCACGGAAACACACGCAAAGACGAGAUAAAGAGACAAUCAGAACUUCGCUCUUUGUGUUUCUUGGAGUGUUGUGGGAGGGAAUUUAGAAAACCCCAAACGGACAGUGAGUCAGUUUGACUGAGAGGAGCUGACAGGAUGCAGAGAGCAGGAAUCCUGGUGUGUCUGUUGUUCACGGGGUCGGCCUGGAUCCUGCAUGCUGUCCCAGUGCUCCCAGACCCUCUUAUCCUCACACAGGAGAACUUUGAUCUGGGCCGUUUCAUGGGAAGGUGGUAUGAAGUAGCAGUGGUUUCUACUUGUCCUCACUAUAUGCAACGCAAGAGGGGAAACCCUGUUAUUGUUGCUCUGGAGCUGCAACAUGUUGCCUCUGAGAGCAACUUCACAAUGACGGCUGCUAGUUUCAGGAAUGGCUCAUGUAAGCAGGCGUCCACCAGUUAUGCUUUGACAACCACCCCAGGACGAUUCUUCCACCAUGUUACAAGGUUCGAAGCGGACGUUGAUUCCUUUGUGGUUCACCUCAGCUAUGAUGAGUACGCAAUGAUGCUGCAGCUGAGCAUCGAGAAACCAUCAGGAAAUAAAACCACCACAGCCAGGCUUUACAGUCGGACUACGAGUGUGAGUGCUGCUGUGCUGGAUGACUUCAAAGCGCUGGUCCGAAAACAUCGAUUGAGUGAUGGCGCCAUCAUCAUGAAUCAGAAUAAAGGUGAGUGUGUUCCAGGUGAGCAGGUGACACAGCCAGUCACAACUCAGCCUCAGAGCCAUGAUACGAAGAGGAGGAAAAGAAAUGCGGCACUACGUGUGGCUCCUACACAAGACGAGGAUGCUCGUCAUGUUUGACCAGAUGGUGUACAAUGGGCAGAGAGCAGAAAAAAUUUUGAAAGAGAACUGCACAAGGUAUUUUUAUUUUGCAUCCUAGUAAACACUCUAAAGCAUGCAACUGUUGACAUACAAGUAUCAAUUUUUUUUUUAACAAAAUGAAUUUGUGCUAUUUUUAGUCAUUCGGAUGUUGCUGGGUGGUUAAUUGCAUCUCUCUGUGGUGUGACAAACUCAGAACACAUUUUCAUUAUUAAUUUACAACUUUAAUAAAUAUUUGCUGAAAUAGGAUAACAGCACAUGUGGAAUCAUUGUAUAUGCAAAAUAAAUAAAACAACACUGUUAUGUACAUUCUGAUGCUCUAUUAAUACAGCUUAUAUUGUAUAAAUACCAUGUUUUACAAUAUCAUCAUUGUGUGACAUUUUCAUAUGCAUAAAAUGCUUGAUAUGUCAAAAUUUGUAAUUUAGACACUUUGCAAAUAAAGUGAUUCAUUGUUUAUCUGCUUGAAACUAACGUUUUAGAGACUCAUAGGAGGAGCGAUGUUACAACACACGUCCAAAAAAAAAAGACUUCCAAAAGUUUCACUUAUUUUUAUUAAUUCCAUGACUUUUCCAGGCUUUUUUAUGACUGUGGGAACACUGAAAAUAACUGCAAAAAAUGGGGUAAAACAACAAAAUCUGUGUCUUGCUCUUUUGUCAGACUGUUCUCACAAUCUGUUUUUUCUUCAAAAAGGUAAUAAUAAUAAUGCACCUAAAUUCAUACAAACAAUAUUCUGAAAGGCUGUUAUUGAGUAAAUGAGGAAGCAGCCCCAGGCAGCCUUGUAAGGAGGCAGGUUGAGGUGGUGGAUGGGUCACAAAAAUCCCAUAGACGCGUGUUCAGAACUGUGUGAAAUCUUACGCAUUUUAAGGUACGACCUUGCCAUGUUUCUUUCCUAAAUUGGAUCAUAGUAGCUUUAUUUGCAUAAACCCAAACUAUGUGUUAAUUGUGUAACUUUACAUUAAGGAGAUAAUGCAAGGCGCUAAUUCGUAUGAUAUCAUACUGUUGUGCAUGCAUUUUUGCAGGAUAUUUUACAACCUGUUCCACAGUUGUCAAUGUAGUAAAGGCCGUAGGGCCUUUUUUUAAUACACUAUCUGUUCCCAGAGGCCGAUUGUAUCAAAA